AUGCGUUACGCCGUCCUAGGUUGUCUUAUCUCGAGCUUUGCUGUGAACAGUUUAGCUGGUGUUGCACACAGCUCUGAUGAAAGCCCCGUUGUAUCAGAUGGCAAUGGUAUCGCCGCUUCUAUCGGAAAACGGCACGUCAUUGUGCUCCCACCUACAUUUAAUAACACCUCGCCAUUCAAUGACACAGAUUCUUCAAAGCCUCCAGUAUCUUCGCCAGAGCCAUGUGGGAAAGUUGUAGAGGUUUGCCCAGAAGCUUCAAAAGAUGCGGGAUCUGACUCCUCGAAAAUCACGCACAUGAAAUAUCGUUGUGAUCUUGCUGUAUUCCAUCAGAGUCAAGUAGAAGCGGCAGCAAAGAAAGGGUGUGAGAUAAACAAGAGCAAAUGGAAACUCUUACUCUCUCCUCUACAAUUAUCGCCCAGCAAAUUUCAUCUACUCCAAGACGGCAUUGUAGCUUCCUCUCGGGAAAACGAAAAGCUUGAAGGCCCUUUCUUCAUAUUUCCGCUCAUGACAAGUGCUGAGACGUACACAUGGGGCCCCCGAGGUGAAUUCAGAGUUCUAUUCAACGAAAAAUGUCAGGUUGCCGGGGUCGUUCACAAGAAAACGAGUAGCAAAUGCGAGAAGAAUCGAUGUAGCGUUUUCAAAAAACUUGUCACCUAUGAGCGCUGUGCUACCGAAUGA